UGAUCUGAGUGCUGGCCAGAACUGCUCAUCAAACUCGCGGUAUCACCCAUUUCAACGUAACAGAAGCAAGCCAUUCAACCUUGCGCUGCAACGGAGGCAGCUCUGCUUCUCACGUACUGCGCGGCGUUGCCCGUAGUCUCGAUCGCACUACAGACCCGCUUACGAUGAUCUAUUACAUGUCAUGAACCCUUAGGGUACCUAGGGUACCGAAGUGUCAGUGAAAGGCCGUGGCCCAUCUUCACGAACCCCGCGUACCCGGAACAAUCCACACUGCGCGCGACCACUCACUGGACCGCAGCGUCCGACCUCUCUUGCGACGGCGAAGAUUCAUGGCGGCCCUUCUUCGCAGGCGCACUGGCCUGACGGCAUAUAUCUUAGUCAUGGGGUCGACGGGUACGGGAAAGUCCACAUUCAUCAACCUAGCGAGCGGUUCAGACUUGCGAGUCGGGACAGGGCUCCACUCCCAAACGGCUACCGUCGAGCUAUCGAGAUCGUUCAAACACAAGUCUCAGCGGAUCAUCAUGGUGGACACGCCUGGGUUUGAUGACACGGUCAAAUCCGACGCAGACGUGCUUACGACGAUUGCGACCUAUCUGGAACGAUUGUACCGCAAAGGUAUUCGAAUACGCGGUAUCAUUUACCUGCAUCGCAUCACGGACAACCGCAUGGGUGGGACUGCACUGAGGAACCUCCGAAUGUUUGAAGCCAUCUGCGGAGAGCCCGCAAUGGCGAGCACAGUCGUCGUUCUGAAUAUGUGGGAUCAGGUUCAGCCAGGCGUCGCUGAAGCGCGCGAGACAGAGUUGCGAAAGAGUGACAUCUUCUUCAAGCCUACGGUGAACGCGGGCGCACAGAUGAAGCCUCACUGGGGCAACCAGGACUCCGCCGCUGCUAUACUGGACUACCUCGUGGCCCGGCGGCCCGUGGUUCUGAAGAUCCAGCACGAGAUGGCCGACGAACACAAAGCGAUCCACACGACAUCCGCUGGGUUGGUACUCUUGGGGGACUUGGCGGCGAAGGAACUCAAGCAUGCCGAAGAAUUGCGGCGCAUUCGCGAAGAGAGGGCGGAGGCGCGGUCACGCAAGGAUGCGGACGAAGAAGGGGGUUUGGAGGAUAGUGAGAAGAGCGUUGAAGCUUUGCGGCGCAAGCUCGCGGAAGAGCAGCAAAGGUUGCUUGAGGCGACGAACCAAGCUUCCGAUAACCACGGGGGUUUCCAUAGGAAGUUGAUCAUGUUCCUACGACGUCGACUGCAGCUUGGCCAUUGACAUAGCUUCGCACAGUGGGUAUAAUUUAGAUACUGGUCAUGGCAUUAUGCUGCGUUGUAUGUAUGAUUUGAGCAAUGCACAGGAUCGCUUGUAGCUCUA